CCGCAUUCUCCCAACACUUGACGACAUAACAUCAAUGGCGACAGAAUCUCAUGCCAUUGUCUUCGGGGCAGCUGGACUGCUCGGAUGGGCGACCUUGAACCAACUGCUCUCUGAGUACCCCUCGCGAGGCCAAUUCUCUCGUGUCACUGCGGUGCUCAAUCGGCCCGUCGCAGAGCCCGACCUCUGUUUGCCUUCAGGGCCAAACAGACCUUCUUUUGAGCUAGUUUCGGGGAUCAAUCUGCUACAAACAAGCACAGAUGAUCUGGCGAAGCAACUUAAAGAAAAGGUCUCCGGCGUGGAGGGGAUAACCCACGUCUUUUAUUUCGUCUUUGCGCCAUUCAACGACGACUUUGCCCAAGAGUGCACCCAGAACUGCGGUAUCAUGCAGCGACUGGCCGACGCGUUGAACAUCGUCGCCCCAAGGCUCCGAUCGUUCGUGUAUUCCGGCGGAUCAAGAGGCUACGGUAUCUACAAUCCCGAGGGUGUCUUCCAGCCACCACUCGAGGAAUCCAUGGCCGACACCCUGCCGGAAGACUACGCCAAGACCGUCGCAUAUCCGUGGUUCAGAAAGAUUUUGACCGAGGCCAGCAAGGAUCGCAAGUGGACCUGGACUGAGGUCUGUCCGGAUGCCGUGGUUGGGUUUUCCCCCAACGGCUCGGCGUACUCUCUUGCUCUCCACUGGGCGCAGUACCUUUCGUUAUACGCCUAUAAUCACAGAGGCUCCACCGACAAAGCGGUAGAGGUUCCGUUCCCUGGGAGCGAAGCUGGGUAUCGGUCGCUGUAUACGCCUGUGUCGGGUGAGAUUCUCGGUCGCAUUGCAAUCCAUGCCGCACAACAUCCAGAAUCAUGUGGUGGGAAGAUCGUCAACAUGCUGGAUAAUGAUACGCCGGUCAGCGCUAGCGACCUCUGGCCGGGCAUCGCGGCCUGGUUCGGGCUGAAAGGGGUGGGACCAGCGGAAGACGACACUGUAAAACCAAGUGAAUACAUCGACCAAUACCGCCAUCUGUUCGCUCAAAAUGGGGCUCCAAAGGCACUGACCUGCGGGGUUGGCGAGGGAAAGAAGCAGUUGGAUUCUGUCGGGUGGUGGCUCACUUUUGACCGACAGUUCAGUUCUAAGAGGUUGAGAUCGGUGGGAUUUACGGAGCAGCGAGAUCCGGUUGAUGGCUGGUUGGAAGCAUUUGAGAGAUUUCGGAAGGCGGGAAUUAUCUUUUGAACUUUUAUGUCGCAGUACUAUUAUAUGUACAGCUGCUCACAAAUUCUGUUUGGAAAUUUUGUUCCGAGAAUGAAUUCAUGAUCCUAGCUCGCCUUAGUACUAACAACGGUUGGUAUCAAUCA